AUGACGGUUGGGUCUCAUCAGCAGGAGACGAUUGAAACUCGGCGACAACAUCUGUCGUCGAUCCCUCGAGCUGUAUGCGUUGCCCAAGGAGACAUUAUGGUGUCCCCUGAACUGUCUCUUGAUAAAAAUUUACUAUAUCAUAAGGAAGAGCAGAUUGAAAAUCUUAAAAAUCGCCUUGAGAUUGUUGAGGAUCAGCUUGCCAAUCAAAAUUCAUCGAUAUCCCCGGCGGCUCCUCUUACGUCUAGUGAAACCCCAAUUCAGAUUGAGCGUGAAGCUGAACGCUCAACAGACCAGCUGAGAGACCUAUACGAGGGUAGCUCCUCGUUUACCAGCCAAUCUAUCCAAGCCAAAGAAGUUGCUGAAACCGUUACCAACGCCAAUAGAGCAGAAACUGGACUUAGUAUAAGUACGACAUUGAAAGAUCUAGACAGGUUUCUACGGUGUGGAGAUACUGUCAGUCAUAAAGACCAAGUAAUAUCCGGGAAUACGACAUGUAAUCUUCAAAGCACUUCCUUGCCUUUGCCAGCUGGAUUAGUGCUUGCUAUCUUACAUAGAAUCCAUGAGCAAUUCCCUGUCCAGAAAAUUGGAGGCGGCUAA